AUGAAUGACUCAAGAGAAAGCAAUUUAACCGCCACUCCCAAUAUUUCGUUCUACAGGAUGGAAUAUAAAAUCGUGCUCUCAGCCUUUCUGGGUCUUAUCAUUGUUGUGUCUCUACUGGCAAACAUCUUGGUUUGUUUGGUCAUACUAAGCACCAGGCCUCUGCGGCAAUCCAAUGACGCGUGCUUCGUAUUAUCCGUCGCAGUUUCGGAUUUCUUGACCACAUGUUUGGUCAUGCCCUUUGAUCUGGAAUUCAUCGUUUCAGACAGCACUGAAUGGAGACAUGGAGAAAUCAUGUGUAAUGUUUUCACCACUGCAUACCUUCUCACAGUUCCUACAUCUAUUCUUAGCCUUUUGGCUUUGAGUGUUUACAGAUACGUUAAACUUAAGAACCCCCUCGAUCAUCUAAAGCUAUCACCACUGAUAACCAAGCGACGUGUCAUGGCCAUCACCAUUAUCCUUUGGAUUUACUCAAUGCUUUUCGCGCUCACCCCAGUCUUCUCGUCGAAAGCUAUCGGGGAACAAAAAAGAGUCAAAAAUGGAUAUUGUCAUUUCACGUUUUCUUGGAUAUAUUCAUUUGUGAGUAACAUAACAAAUUUUCUGAUUCCGGUCUUGUCAUCUUGCCUGAUUCACUACAAAAUAUACCGCAUCGCGAUCAAG